AUGCUUCAGGAGGGAAAUUUGAGCGGCGGACAUAUUGCGGCGGUGCCGUACGCUGUACGAGCGGAUCCAAUACUUUUACAGCGAGAGGCGACGAGAGGCGACGCUGGGGAAGCGGGCGGUGGUGCUGAAGCACUUUGUGGAGCCCCUUUCCGCGUUUUGCACCUCGUGACAGACGACUGCACCUGUCACCGCAAGCCACUUGAAGUCACUACCCUCAGUGCACCAUAUAUGAGCGGACGCCUGCAGCAGAGCUCACUCCGUUGA